AUGUGGAAACCAUUAGAAAACAACCCUGAAGUUCUAGAGGCUUAUCUUCAGGAAAUUGGGGUAGAGAACGUUGCAGCAUUUGAUAUAUUCUCACUGAACGAGAUUCCAGAAUACUUACCUCGUCCCAUUUUUUCUCUCUUGCUGGUUUAUCCAGAGAACACUAACACAGAUGCUUCCCGCGGCUUCGAAAAUGAUACAAUUGUAGAUUGUAACACAAAGAAUGUUCAUUGGUACCCACAGACAAUUGCAAAUGCAUGCGGAACAAUGGCUCUUUUACAUGCUGUAGCUAAUGGUAUUCCCGAAAACAAGCGGUUGCCCAAGAGUUUUGCUGCUUCCCUUGUUCAGGAGACGACUGGUUUAACAGCGGAAGAAAAGGCAAAGUAUAUUGAAAACUCAAAGGAGCUGGCUCGCAUCCAUGCAAAGUUUGCCGGUGCUCCGUCUGAAGAUUCGUCUGACGCAGACGUUGAGACGGACUUGCACUUUUUGUGCUUCACCAAGGGAAACGACGAUUAUAUAUAUGUUCUUGACGGUAGACGGAAGGGUCCAAUUCGUUUGUUUCAAACUGAUGGAGACGUUUUAAACGAACGGGUGCUGUCAGUAAUGAGAGACUUGGUAGAAGCCGUGAACUCGCCGUUUUUUUCCGUAGUCGCUUUAGCAGACUCGUAG